AUGAUUAGAAAACUUUUUAUUGUUCUACUUUUGUUGCUUGUGACUAUAGAAGAAGCAAGGAUGUCAUCGCUCAGUUUUCUGAAUAUAGAGAAGACUGAAAUACUAUUUUUCACAAAGACUGAAGAAACCAUCCUUGUAAGUUCAAGCAACGAAAAUAAACGGCCUAAUUCCAGCCACCUCUUUGUGAAAAUAGAAGAUCCUAAAAUACUACAAAUGGUGAAUGUGGCCAAGAAGAUCUCAUCAGAUGCUACAAACUUUACCAUAAAUCUGGUGACUGAUGAAGAAGGAGAAACAAAUGUGACUAUUCAACUCUGGGAUUCUGAAGGUAGGCAAGAAGGACUCAUUGAAGAAGAAAUCAAGAAUGUGAAAGUCAAAGUGCUCAAACAAAAAGACAGUCUACUCCAGGCACCAAUGCAUAUUGAUAGAAAUAUCCUAAUGCUUAUUUUACCACUAAUACUAUUGAAUAAGUGUGCAUUUGGUUGCAAGAUUGAAUUACAGCUGUUUCAAACAGUAUGGAAGAGACCUUUGCCAGUAAUUCUUGGGGCAGUUACACAGUUUUUUCUGAUGCCAUUUUGCGGGUUUCUUUUGUCUCAGAUUGUGGCAUUGCCUGAGGCGCAAGCUUUUGGAGUUGUAAUGACCUGCACGUGCCCAGGAGGGGGUGGGGGCUAUCUCUUUGCUCUGCUUCUAGAUGGAGAUUUCACAUUGGCCAUUUUGAUGACUUGCACAUCAACAUUAUUGGCUCUGAUCAUGAUGCCUGUCAAUUCUUAUAUAUACAGUAGGAUAUUAGGGUUGUCAGGUACAUUCCAUAUUCCUGUUUCUAAAAUUGUGUCAACACUCCUUUUCAUACUUGUGCCAGUAUCAAUUGGAAUAGUCAUCAAGCAUAGAAUACCUGAAAAAGCAAGCUUCUUAGAGAGAAUAAUUAGACCUCUGAGUUUUAUUUUAAUGUUCGUAGGAAUUUAUUUGACUUUCACAGUGGGAUUAGUGUUCUUAAAAACAGAUAAUCUAGAGGUGAUUCUGUUGGGUCUCUUAGUUCCUGCUUUGGGUUUGCUGUUUGGGUACUCCUUUGCUAAAGUUUGUAUGCUGCCUCUUCCUGUUUGUAAAACUGUUGCUAUUGAAAGUGGGAUGUUAAAUAGUUUCUUAGCUCUUGCCGUUAUUCAGCUGUCUUUUCCACAGUCCAAGGCCAAUUUAGCUUCUGUGGCUCCUUUUACAGUAGCCAUGUGUUCUGGAUGUGAAAUGUUACUGAUCAUUCUAGUUUACAAGGCUAAGAAAAGAUGUAUCUUUUUCUUACAAGAUAAAAGGAAAAGAAAUUUCCUAAUCUAA